CACUUGCAAUCUAUAUCAUGGAAUGGAGUGGACAUUAUAACAUCGACCUUGAGAUUCUCCCCUCUGCAAUGGAUAUAGGAAAUGCUGAUGGUUUAUGUGGAUACUUUGAUGGUGACAGGGAAAACGACUUCAGAAGACGAAAUAGUACCAUUACAGACGACAUCAGUCAGAGUUAUCCUAAUGACUUCUCUAGGUCAUGGAUGAUUCCAGACAACGAAAAUCUUUUCAGUGGUAGCUCCUUAGUUUAUAGCGGUUUGCAAUCAGUGUCCUCAAUUCUAGUACCUCACUGCGCAUGCACGGAGGACGGUAAAACCCAGUGCUCCUACAAUACGUUUACACCCUGCAACUCAAACCGAGGCAAACAGUACGAAUGUAAUGUAGAUCUUGUACAGAACAGAAGACGAAAGCGGGAUGUUUCCGAUAUGUCUAUGGAAAGAGAUCCUUUACUUAGAAUGAAACGCACGAUUUCCUACGUACAGACGACUGAAUACUCAGAGAGAGUUUGUCUCCAGGCUUUUGAAAAUUCACCUGAAUACAACACUUGUCAACAACACGUGAAUGACCUUAGUAAUGUAACCUUGUCCAACUGCAUUGAAGACAUAAGAAUGACAGGCGAUGAUAACCUAACACAGAUUCACGUUGAAGCCGCCCUACAGCAAUGUUCCACAUUUGUGCUUUUAAAUGCCACACUGCAAGAGGCAGAACCGGAAGUAACGUAUACAAUACAAAACCUCUGUCCAAGCAAUUGUACCGGACAUGGCACGUGUGAUGGUGGUAACUGUACCUGUGACACUGGCUUUGGAGGGAGCGACUGUUCCUUUGAUUUACUCGCACCUCCUACCAUAACAAGUGUUCCCGGGGCCGGUCUGUGCGAUCGGUCCACUAAAACCUGUAAAGAGGCAACAAUAAUGGGAAAAUAUUUCUUUGAAAACAUGAACUCAAUAUGCUAUCUUACUGUGAAACAGACCAAAAUUAACCAAACGGAAGAAAGUGAGGAAAGACAGAUGAAUUUACAAGAGAGAACACUUUUUGAGGGAUUCUGUCCACUUCCGUACGAUACAACUGACAUCUGGACGACAGAAGUAAAGUUUAACAUUUCUAAUGACGGAGUACGUUAUACAGACACGUAUAAUGUUAUUAUAUACCAAUCUCACUGUCAGGAGUACCAUAAUGAAUCAGGGAAUGUGUAUUUCACCUUAAAGGAUGAUUUCUGUUACAUCGAUAGUACAUGCAUUAGCCCCAUGCAGAAUAGUUCAACCAACGAGUGUCUUUACUGCAAUGCGACGAAUGAUAAAUUCAACUGGACAGAAAACGAAUGCAAGUGUCAAUCUUUCAUAAUGAAACGUUAUUCUUCAUACUUCCCUUUGCAUUGUAUAAUUUUGAAUGCCAUCUGAUUUACAAUAUAAAUCAUUGGC